UUGAACAUUGGCUCAAAUCUUGAUGGAAUAGACUCGGUAUCGCCACGCAUCGCUCGCUCGCCUGCAGCUAUUCCUCGAAGAAAACCACCCACACAGCAAUUCGAUCGUCUUUAGCAGACCGUGCCUCUUAUAAAUGACGUAUAACAACCCUAAUUGAGCGGCCUCACGGAACCUCAUCUAUACCGCUGCCCAUCCCGACGAGCUUGUCUAUCGAUCACUCUUCCGCUCAGCGACAUUGCGACCAAUUCACCAUGGCGGCCCGAACCAUCCCACGGAGACCCUUCGCUUCCCGGUUCCUAACAGGUCCCUCCUCGUAUUCCCAUUUCUACCCCCUAUCGCACCAAUUCCUCCACCAACUGCAUAAAAGCUCACACCCCCCUGUUCCCCCACCAACCCCCUUCGUCCCAGACGCGGAAACCUUCCUCUCCCUAAUCGGCCGCAACAUGUCCCGCUUCGCCUCCAAAUUCACCUCCUGGGACGAGCUAUUUACUCUCUCCUCCGUAGAAUUGAAGGCACGAGGCAUUGAGCCGCCACGUCUUCGCCGAUAUCUGCUCCGCUGGCGCCAAAAGUUUCAACGCGGCGAGUACGGGGUUGGCGGCGAUUUAGAGCACGUAGUUGAUGGCGUGGGUCAACUGAGGGUUGUUGAGAUACCAAAUAACCAAGUCGUGGCGAGGGCAGAGGGGCAGUGUGAAACACCUACAACAACAGCUGGUGGUCAGCGUGAGCAUGAAAUCCCCCCCGUCACAGCCACAGGCACCGCAACUCUAUCCCCUGGCAUGAAAUGGGCGGUAGUGAACCUCCCACCGGGCGAGUCGCAACCGAAAGAAAUACCACAGCCGCCCAAGAAAUAUAUGAAAGUCACGCUAGGGCGUGGCCCAGUGCUAAAGGCGCCAUACAUUAAAUUGGUCAAGGGAACAAAUGGAAUGGCGGGAGUCAUACAGGUGCAGGAGGGCAUGUGGGAGGAUAAGCAGGGGAAGAAGAUCGAUGGAGGAGAAAGAAGGCAGGCGGAGGUUAGGGCGAAGAAGCGGAGCGAGGAGAGGAAAAAAGUCUCAGCAUAAACUGAGUUUCUGUGUUUAUUUCACUUUUCUUUUCUCUCCCGCACUUGGGCUGUUUUCAAGAGUGAAUAUGUAUAUUAAGUCAUUCUGUUCCUUUGCUUGAUGCUAUAUUUAAACCCUGCUAGAUCUUGUGUUUACGGUUGGCAUUUAUCUACAAUUUUCCUUUCUUUGUAUAGUACGGGACCCUUGGAGCUUGGAGACGCAAUAUGAAGGAAGAGAACGAAACUACGCAAUGGGGAAAGCCAUUUUCAAAAAAAAAAAAAAAAAAAAAAAAA